AUGUUCUAUUACAAGCUCUUCCACCGUCCCAGGUACAAGGAGCGUUUGGAUCUGAAGUACACGAAGCGGCGGGCAGAACUCGGGAUGCCUGGACGGGCGAAGGUGGACGCUACUGGCGGGAAACAUGGACGACUUUCGCACCGGAUUGGCCCACAAAGACAGAAUAAACUGGCUCGUCUACGACAACUGGAACACCGACUCCUGCAGCAUCCGCUCUCACUCUACCCACACCUCAGAGAUAGCAUCCCUCCUGAGGUUGCUGAAGAUGUACAGUCGAUACUAGAGGGGAAGUCUCAAACACAGAAAAAUCCAAAGAUCGACAAAUUUCCUCGGAGAAAUGAAAUGAAAGAAGAGAGUGGAAAUGAAGACGAGGUGCACCAAGAUGAAGAAAAAAAGAAAGAGAAGAAGAGGAAGAAGAAUGAGGAGGUGAAGGAGCAGCAGAAGGCAGUGGCGGCCAAGAAGGUCAUCUCUCCAGCACAGGAGGCCAGAGUCAGCCACGUCACCCAAAACCUCGUCCAGUGGGGCAGAGAACUGGUGUAUGACAAACCUCACACUAUCAAGUCACGCUAUGGAGCUUGGUACCUGCCAAUCGGUCUCUGGAAGCUUCAAAAGGCCAAUGAACCUCUUCAUGACCCCAGAAAUCGUCCGUCAGAGAGUACAGAGGAGCUGGCUAGACAGGACCAGGAGCUAGACCUGAAGGUCUCCCAGUUGCACGGAGCACAGGCAUUCCGGCAUUACUACUCCUCUCAUAAACCUGGCUCCACUUUGCCCUCAUUUCUGCAGUGUGCUGUAGCGGAUAGCACAAGCUCACAGAACUUUCAAGCGCGAAAUGCGUGGCUCGCUCUUUGCCUGGUGAACAGCUCAGCCUCGAGCUCAGCAGCCAUGUAUAGGUGGUUUCUCGUUGGUCUUGUGAGCUGCGCGGGUUAUAUGGUGUUCAGAAGAACCAAGCGUUUCUGGAUCAAGCUCUUGUUUCCUGUUGGGUACUACUUGUACACGACACGGCUAGGGUACCGUCUUCAUCUCCGUCGGCUGUCGAGGAGAAGGCACACUGCACACUCAAUCACGCAGCCCCUCACUUUUUCCGAAUUCACAGUCAUCCCUCUACCAAUACUUGGAGAUAACUACUGCUACGUAGUAGUAGAUGAUGCCUCAAAGAUUGCAGUAGCAAUUGAUGCUGCAGAUCCCGAAGCAUUGAAGGGCUGUGUUCGAGAAAAGAAGCUUAUGCUUAGAGCUAUCUUGACCACCCACAGACACUGCACAUAUCUUGACUCUGUUAACCGAUAUCCCAAUGUGAGGGACCACUCUGGAGGAAAUGAGGUGCUGAAACAAGAGUUCAGAGACCUAGUUGUCUACGGUGGAGCCAGAGAUGACCGUCCUGGAGUCACCCAUCCAGUACAAGAUGGGGAGACAAUCACAGUAAACUAUUAUACCACUGUCUCUAACGUACUACUUCUAGCUAGAGGUGAUAUUUGCAGGUUGGCAGGAUUAGUUUCAAGGUCAUCUGGACUCCAGGGCACACUGAAGGUAGCCUCAGGCAAUGUCAGGCAGUGUCAGGUAGCUCAGGCAAUGUCAGGUCAUGUUGUGUACGUGCUACAGAGCACUCCUGCAUGUGUGUUUACAGGAGACCACCUCUUUGUCGGCGGAAUAGGGAAGAUGUUUGAGUGUAGGCCGGAGACAAUGGUGUCCUCCAUCAAGAAAGUCACUGAUCUUCCACAUAACUCUCUUCUAUUUCCAGGACACGAGUACACUUGGCUGAAUACGAAGUUUAUAAACUCGCUGUAUGAAGAAUCAAGCUCUUCAGAGGAUAACAUAUAUAUUAAGAAUAAGCUGUAUUGGGUGUCGCAGCAAAGGGAAAGGCGAAUAGCCACAAUACCGGCUGUGUUGUCUGAGGAGCUAAGAUACAGUCCGUUUCUAAGAACCGAGCAGGCCUCAGUCAAAGAUGUCCUAGGUCUCCUCACACUGCCAGCCAGGACCGAGUCUUAG